AUGGUGGUGCCAGACCAGGGCGCUCUCCUUACGCUCGAUCCACGAGCCGUCGGUCGUCUCCGCGUAAACCCUCAUGACAGGCUCCACCAUCUCCAUCCAUCUAAAGUCAACGGCCGGCGAGCAAGUCUCCCACUGCGUGUCCCUACCCCACCUGCAAUCAAUUCCACACUGUUUGAUUCCCACUCUCGCCAGAAAACAAAAACCAACAAUUUUGGUUCGUUUGCCGAUGACCUGAGAUCAGAGCUCUCUGCCAACGAUAAAGAUGGAUAGAUGGAUAGAUAGACAGAAAUAGAUAGAUAGAUGCCUCAUGAAGAAGCCGUGCUCGGCGGAGAUCCCCAGGUUCUCGACGGUGCCGAACCAGUCGCUCAGGGAGUGUCUCCCUCUGCCGCUGACGAGGAAGACGACGUUCUUUGGAUCGCUGCAGAGGCUACUGAGCAGGGAGAUAACCUCCUCGCCGGGGGCCUUACUUGCUGACGCCUGAGGCAGAAUCGUUCCGUCGUAGUCGAGCAGCAGCAGCCUGCUGGUCGUCUUCCUGUAGACGGAGACGAUGUGCUCCACCGAGAGCUUCCUGAAGCUGGGGCCGAGGGCGACGACCCUGAAUCCUAGGCCGAAGCCGAUCCCCCAGACCCUCUUGAGGAAAUGGUGUCUGCAGGCCCUCUGCAGGUCCCGGUCGAAGCUGCCCGCCCAGAAGGCAACGUCGUGGGAGCUGACGUACCUGAAAUGCUUCUCAUGGCGUAGCUGCUUCUCCGCCGCUGGGGUCUUGAGGGCGACGCUCAGGGCCUCCGCCACCGCGUCGACGUUCCAGGGGUUGACUCUGAUGGCGGCGCUGAGCGACGGGGAGCAGCCGAUGAACUCCGAGACCACGAUGAUGCUCCUCCUCGGGCAGCCCUCCGCCGCCGCAGCCGGGCUCCCCUGCCGGCAGACGGUGUACUCGUAGGGCACCAGGUUCAUGCCGUCCCGCACGGCGUUGACCACGCAGCACUCAGCGAUGGCGUAGAAGGCGACCCUCUCGUGGGGGGGCAGCCGCCGGUGGAUGAGGACAAUCGGGUCGUACCCUGGAACGGCGAAGCGGCGGUUUAUCUCAUUGGCGAUGGCGACCAUCUCGUCCAACAGUUCCUGCACCUCCUUCCCGCCGCUCCUCGCAGGGUUGGCGAUCUGGACGAGGACCGCUCGUCCCCUCCAUUCUGGGUGAUCUUCCAGGAGCUGGCCCAUGGCUAGGAACUUGAGGCUGAUGCCCUUGAACAGAUCGACGUCGUCGAUGCCCAGGAGCACCGUCCUGCCGUGGAAUUGCUGCAUCAGUUGGCGGGUCUUCUCGCUGGCCGCCGGCGACCUCAUAACCGUCUCCAGUUGCCCAAUGUCCACGCCGACAGGGAGGAUCUUGAUGCCGACGAUCCUCCCGUAGUAUUCGAGGCCGAUGAACCCUCUCUUGGACCGGUGGUCGAUCCCCAGCAUCCGGCUGCAGCAGGAGAGGAAAUGGCGGGCGUAAUCGAAGGUGUGGAAGCCGACCAUGUCGGAGUUGAGCAGCGCCUUGAGGAUCUCCUCCCUAACGGGAAGCGUCCGGUAGAUCUCCGAGGAGGGGAAGGGGGAGUGGAGGAAGAAGCCGAGCUUGACGCGGUGAAACCGGCGGCGGAGGAAGGUGGGGAGAACCAGCAGAUGGUAGUCGUGGACCCAGACGUAGUCCUCGUCGGGGUCAAGGACCUCCGUCACCUUGUCGGAGAAGGCCUUGUUGGCGGAGACGUAGGCCUGCCAGAGGGCGCGGUCGAAGCGGGCGGCGCCGGCGGUGGUGGAGAUCGGCUGAGAGUGGUGGAACAGCGGCCAGAGGUAGCGCUUGCAGAAGCCGUGGUAGAAACGGUGGUGGAGAUCAUCGGAGAGGAAGACGGGCACACAGCGGAACUUCUCGUACAGGUGAUGGGCGAUCUCCUCCUGAUCGGCGGCCUCGACAAUGGGGUCGCCGCCGGUCGACGGUCGCGGCGGCGGCGGCCGGAGGGUGCCAAUGUGGAUGACCUCCGUCCCGGCGGGGAACCCCGCGCGGAGCUGGAGGGAGAGGGCGUCGGUGUCCCAGGAGAAGCGCCACCGGCGGGUGAAGGAGUCCCGGUGAGCAAGGACGGGAAGCUGGUUGGUGACGAUGAUCCGCCGUUCAAGGGGGAAGGGGGAGUCGCAAGCGCCGGCGACGAAGGGAGGAACCGGAUCGUCGGAGGAGUGGCCGGUGGCGCCGCCGAUCCCGCCGGAGUCGGAGAUGAUGCCCGGAACCGUCACGGCGCGGGAGAGGCGUGGGUUCAGCGGUCUCGUCGGGGAAGCGAAGUCCACCGCCGUCUGA